AUGGACUUGUCUCUAGCAGGAAAUUCUAGAAUCUUACAGUUGCAUGAAUUAGAAGAGUUCCGGAAUCGUGCGUACGAAAAUGCCAAGUUUUACAAGGAACAGACCAAGAAGUGGCACGAUAGGAGGAUUCAGAAAAAAGAGUUUUGGGAAGGACAGCUGGUCCUUCUGUACAAUUCCCGUUUGAAGCUUUUUCCGGGAAAAUUGCGAUCCAAAUGGUCGGGACCAUUUAUGGUGGUAGAGUUUAGACCGGUAGACGCAACUCGAGUAAAAAGGCACGGAGAGUGUCCAUUUUUGGUGCAUUGA